AUGCCGAUGAAAAAGUUCCGCAUGACCAACACCGAGCUGAAGCUCAAGCGGGAACGCAUGAUGGAGGCCUUCAUUGCGGGAAAGGAAGCCCUAGAGGAGCUUCGCUUGCCCUACUUCCUCGCCUAUGGCUCUGCCAUGGCGGCUCUCCGCGAGGGCCAGUUCCAGCCGUACGAAGACGACAUUCACGUCGGAAUCUAUUCCUGGGACCUGGCGGCUCUCCAACGUCAGUGCACUGAAUGCACUGCCAGGGAGCGAGAUAGUUUAUUGACCAACACCUUCGACAGGUUUGGCUUUGAGCCCGUCCAGGAGAUCACUGAGAAUCCUGCACAGGCUGGAGCUGAGGGGAAGCCCAACCAGGCGACUCUGGUGUGCCCGCGCUACUACAUUGCAGAGGGCUGGUCCGAUGAAAUGGCCUUCCCGAUCUUGUACAAGUUCACACAUCGAGACAGCUUCGUGCGCUUCGACAUUUUGGUCUUCACCAUGCAGUUCGGGCAGCUCUGGGACUUCGCGGACGGCGGUGCCGAGACCUCCUCCGGCUGGCGCUAUAGCCCUUUCUCACCUCAGAGUGUUGAGUUUGGCAAGCUGAUGACUUUCACCAUGCCAGCUCAACCUCUGGAAGAUCACUAUGGGCCCGACUGGUAUGUGCCAAAGGUGUACAACUAUGUGCAGAGCUUGACGCGGUGCAAGAACCGAUGUCAGGUCUUAAGGGUGCAUCCCUUCGACGCGCGGAUGCGGCGCACGGAGCUGCCGGCGGCGAUGCCUUGGGAAGACUUCAAGCCUUUGAUCCGCCAAUAUCGCAUGCUCUAUGCCAAAUCCAUGGCUGAUUCGGAGCAUGAGUUCCCAGAGAAGAAGCUGGACCUUUACAAGUUGGAAUCAAAACCAGUGGUCCUAUUUCAGGCAGCAAAUAUGUGCAAAGACGAAGGGAACGUGCGCAUGAAAGAUGGGAAGCAUAGUGCAGCUCUGGCGAAGUACGAAGAAGGCCUCUACAUCAUCGACAAGUGCAGAGAGGUUCUCCUCACCUGGCGCUUGAUCUUCCGGCAGAUUCACGAGGAGAAGGCGGAGAAGGACCGCAAGGGCCGAGGCCUCAAGGUUGCUGACCUGCUCGAGCCUGAUAUGCCUCGUGAGUUUCGCUCCGACGAAGACGAAGAGCGCUCCUGUCGUUUGGCGCUGCUGCUGAACGCCGCGCAGGCCGCCCUCCGGUGUGACAGCUGUGCAGCGGCGAUUGCACACGCGACUGCAGCAUUGGAGUUGGAGUCGCACCAUCAGAAAGCCCUCUACCGCCGUGCUUUGGCUCGGAAGUCUUCCGGUGACCUCGAGGGGGCCCAAGCGGACUUCUGGACUUUGCUGAAAGUCUCCAACUUCGACAGCAAGGAAUCCCUCAGCCAGCUGAUGCAGAUGAUGUCGAAGGAGGAGGUGCAAAAGCAGUUCAAGCGACUGAAAAAGGAAGUGGAAAAGGAAGAAAAGAUCGGCUCGAUGCUCAAGGAGAUGGACGAAGAUGAACGGAUUGCUCUACAAGAUGAGCGAUACCAACGGUUCCUGGGCGACUGCGAGCAGCGCACCGUCGAUGGGCAGCGUGAGAUCAGCUUCGACGAGUGGGUGAAGCAGUACGAAUGGAGAUACGAUGCCGAUGAACGCCUCAAGGCGCGCAAGGAUUUCCCGGAAUGCUUCAGCCAUUCUGGACCUGCUCCGCUACCUGUGGAAGAGUGGGAGGUGGACUAUUUGACACAUAAGGAGAUCGAGAAGAUCAUGUACCGGCGGCAGACGGAAGCCUUAGCUGCUCGGAGAAGGAAAGAUGAGAAGAAGGAGGCCAUUGUGGUGGAAGAGGACAAGUUUCGAAGCAAGCUCUACGUGGAUGCCGAGGAUGAGAAAAUCCUCAAGGAUGCUGUCAUCAAGAGAGGCUACAACUACUGGUGGUAG